AUGUCGAUCACUCUUGACGAUGUGUCCACUUUACUUCACCUCCCGGUGAUGGGUCAGUUAUGUGAUUUGGAGGAGCUGGAGUUUGAGGAGGCUCGUUCAGCUCUUGUGGACCUGCUUGGCGUUGAUGGUGGCACAACUGGUGUUGAGAUGGAGGAGGCACGUGGUCCGAAAGUCAGACUGAGUUGGUUGAGAGAUAUAUAUGGUCAGAGGUGUCAGUCGCAACAAUGGGAUUUUGCUGCUAGAGCAUAUCUGUUGCAUCUAGUAGGAUGCACGAUUUUCGCAAAUAAGAGUGUCACUUCUAUACGCGUGUCAUACUUACUAUUAUUUAGAGAUGUACACGCGUGUGGCAGAUAUGCUUGGGGCGUUGCUGCACUCGCCCAUUUGUACGAGCAGCUCGGGGAUGCGAGAAUGGUUUCCACGAGACAGAUGACUGGAUAUCUGACUCUGUUUCAGAGUUGGAUAUACGAGCAUUUCCCUACCAUGGGUAGGAGGCGGUUGGUGUCAUCUUAUGAUGACACGACACCACAUGCCGCUAGGUGGCAGAGCCCUAGGCAGAGUUCCACUCUUGCAGAGAUUCGGUCACAGGUGGAUGGCCUUACAUAUAGUGGAGUUGUAUGGCACCCGUAUGAGGGACAUCGGGGCAUUCGUCCAUUGUUCAACAUAUGCAUGUACUCUGGAUGGAUUCGAAUUGGUGACACCCUUUCCCGUCAUUUGCCUGAGCGUGUGAUGAGGAAGUUUGGGUUUUACCAAGAGAUUCCAAGACCACCCACUGCCGUUGUAGAUGCAGAUGUAGUCGCUGUUGAUCAUGCGUGGUUGCACUUCACUGAUCAUGUUAUUAGUAAUGUGAGACAUGCAUCAUCCCCUUCAGAAUGUGUCGAUGGAUACAUACAGUGGUUUAGGAGGGUUUCACAUCCAUAUAUUAUUGAAGCUGCAGUUGACCAGCGGCCGGAUCUCUUGCCUUCACAGCGGCCCGAUGUUGACCAUGAGCCAUGA